UUUGGCAGCAUGUUGUGUAUCAUCUCUCUCCUGGCUCUGCUGCCUGUACUUGAGUGUUCAGAAGUGGCAAAUCUUGCCCAUGUGGAGAAAUAUGAGACAGUGUUUCCCCGCAGACUGCAUUCAGACAUAUCUAAGAGGGACCUGCAUUUACCAAAGAAUCUAUAUCCAGAAAGGGUCCAUUAUGCACUUAGUAUUGGAGGCAAGAAUUACACACUUCAGCUGCUAAAAAACAGACAGCUGCUGGUUAAGAAUUACACAGUCACAUAUUAUCUGGAGAAUGGGAAAGAGGUGACAGAAACUCCAGAUGUGCAGGAUCACUGCUUUUAUCAUGGACACUUAGAAGCUAUCAGAAACUCCUCAGCCAGCAUCAGCACUUGCAAAGGAAUAAGUGGCUUUCUGCAGAUUGAUGGACAGAUGUAUUUGAUAGAACCUCUGCCAGGAGCGAGUGAGGAGGAGGCACAUGCUGUGUAUAGGCACGAGCACCUCAGGAUGAAGAGAGGAACCUGUCAGGAUAACAGCAGCACAGUAUAUGACUAUGGACCUAAGAUGGCAGCAGUGAUGAACCCACAGCCUUGGAAAUCUGCUCCCUUGAAGAAGGGUGCUAAAUAUGUGGAACUGUUCCUGGUAGUGGAUAACACAGAGUACCGUAAAUACAAAGAUAUGGCGACAGUCCAACAUCGGAUGAAAGAGAUUGUCAAUCAUGUGGACAAGCUCUACCGUUCUCUAAAUUUCCGUAUUGCUCUGAUUGGCAUGGAAGUCUGGACCUACCGUGACAAAAUCAUUGUUAGUCCCAAUGCAGGAAUCACCCUUGACAACUUUCUAAACUGGCGCAAGAACGAUUUACUGCGACAGCGUCGUCACGAUAACGCUCAACUCAUUACUGGAGUGGACUUUGAAGGCACUACAGUGGGAUUGGCCACAAAACUGGCAAUGUGUACGGGCGAUUCUGGUGCUGUGAACCAGGAUCACAGUAUUAACCCUAUGGGUGCUGCCUCCACCAUGGCACAUGAGAUGGGACACAACCUUGGCAUGUCACAUGAUGAGGAUGUAGUAGGGUGCACCUGUGAUGAAAGUCGUGAAAGGGGGGGCUGCGUCAUGUCAAAGAGUGUGGGCAUGGUCUACCCUAAAAUCUUCAGCAGCUGUAGCCAGAAGGACUUACAAACCUUCCUCAGUGAGGCAAGUCCAAGUUGUUUGCUCAACACCCCAGAUAGUGACCAGCUCUUUGGAGGACCUGUGUGUGGAAAUCAGUUUGUGGAAAGUGGAGAAGAAUGCGACUGUGGGACACCUGAGGAAUGCAAUAAUCCGUGCUGUAAUGCUACUUCCUGUCAGCUGAAAGAGGGUGCAGAGUGUGCGCAGGGAGAGUGCUGUCAGCAAUGCAAGAUCCGUCCUGUGGGAGAGAUGUGUCGUAAGCAGAAAGGAGACUGUGACCUACCAGAGUAUUGUACUGGGACUUUGGCACAAUGCCCCGAGGAUGCCUUCCAAGAGAAUGGCGCUUCCUGUGGAUCUGGCAGAGGCUACUGUUAUAAUGGGGAAUGCCCAUCCCUUAAUCAGCAGUGCAAGACACUCUGGGGCUCAGAUGCCCAGGUUGGUCCAGAUAUCUGCUUUGACAGCAAUGUUCAAGGCAAUGAGCAUCUUCACUGUAAAAAGACAAAUCGUGUUUACAAAGGCUGCAGAAGCAAGGAUGUGAAGUGUGGGACUUUACACUGCGUUAAGGGAAAAGAUUUUCCAAUCACCCGUAAGAAAUAUGUCAUUAUGUUGAACAAGGGACUGGAGUGUAAAGUGGCAGAACUGGCAGAGGAGGAAAGUGGAAUGUCCGAUAAUCCUGGGAUAGUUGCAGCUGGUACCAAAUGUGGAAAGGGCAUGGUCUGUUUUGAUGGAGAAUGCCAGGACUUGUCUGUAUAUGGUGAAAAGAAUUGUUCAGCAAAAUGCAAUAACAGAGGGGUCUGCAACCACAAACGUCAGUGCCAUUGUGAUCCUGGGUGGGCUCCACCAUAUUGUAACCGAAAAUUCACAGAAAUUUCUGCAGGUGAAAACAAAGGCGUUCUUAUUGUUGGGGUGUUGGUGGCAGUUUCUCUGUUUGCAGUUUUGGUUGUUGGGGGAAUACUUCUCUACAAAUGGCGACAGAGGAAAUAUCCACAGAAGAGGACUGUUACUCAGAACAACGGCUCUGGGUUGUCAAAUCCUCUAUUCCAAGACAGUAUGAACAAACCAUUCAUCAAAAAAGAUUCCCAGAACCACUUAAUUGGGCGUCCCCAGCUAAUCGCAAGCACCACCAACCUCCAGGACUCCAGGUCUGCUUUCAUCACUAUAAUCCCCAGUGAGGAGACGGAACAGGUUCCCUCCUUCUUUGCAAACCCGCCCCAGAAGUCCCCUAUAACCAUUCCCAGAUCGCCACAGGUGACAAAACCAAGAGUUGUACCACCAGGACCUCCAGUCAUGUCGUCACCAUCACAUGCCAGAUCAGGAUACCCACAGAAACCAAGUCCUCCGAGCAAACCACUGCCAGCACUGAAAGCUAAGCCGGAAAUAAAACAGAAACCAAGUACAUUAGCUCCUCCUACACCACCCAUAAAACCAUCAGGGUUUAGAAAGAACCCUGUUCCUAUACAGAAGGUUGCCUUGAGGCCGCCUGUCCUGCAGAGAUGACCUUUGCCACACAGUAUGGCCUGCCUUUGACAACCCAAAAAUUGAGAUGACCUGCACAAUACUUCUCACUAUCUGGGUGCUUAUUGUUGUGCCAUCUUCUCUGCUGCUGUUGCACGGGAGGUGCCUUAUUGCAGAUGAUAGAGAGCUCUUCAAGGAUAAAUCAAACUUAAAGAUCAUCUUGGUUGAAAGGACAAUGUUCCGAUGAUGGAAUACCAGUGUACUAAAGUACUGCGGAAGAGGAGAAAAUGACUGAAAAAUGUAUUCUUUAUUUCCUACAAUUUAAUACAUUCCAAAAAGUUACGUGAUCACAAAGCAGUUUUCAACCCAGUAUCUCUAGAAGUGUUUGGAUAGUUUUAUUCUGAGUGUGACCUGAUAACUAAAGAAACCAGGAUUAAGCAUCAUCAAAAAAGGAGAAUACUGAGGAUGGGGGGGAAAAAAAUGGGCUGAGUUUAACACAAUACUAACUCUCCUGUGUGUUUUUCUGGUACCUAAAAGACCCCAGAAUUAAGCAUAGUUUGGGGUACAGUGUCAUCGAAAAGGAGCAUACUGGGAAUGGAAAAAAGAUUUGGAGUUAAACUUGAUACUAAACCUCCUGUGUGUCCAUAUAAUAUUUUAUUUCAGAGUAUUGUGGUUUUAUGAUCUUGCACUACUAAAUUAAGGUCAAUAAGCGAUAAGGAUUCGAAAUCUGUGUUUGUGCUGUUUUUGUAUAAGAAAAGUAUUUUACACUCUUUUAUUUGCACUGCGAUAAAUGACUCAACCUCAUAUCCUAGAAAAAAAAAAAGGGAUUACAUGUGUAGUUUUUAUCAAAACUAGUUUACUUUUAUCUGCACAUUUUAUAUUAAUAAUUUGUUGUAAAAGAACUGGACAGAAACAAGUUACUGGACUAAUCUACAAAGCUUUGGAAACCUAAAGCAUUUUUACACAAAUAACAAAUUGUUAAUAAUUUGCUAAUGAAAAAAAAGAUACAAUAACGAUACAAACUGUUCUGUAUGAUAUAACUUUGCAUUUUAGCAUAAGCAUGCCCACAAUUUCAGUUAGACUGGUUGCUUUAUCAACAGGAUUACUUCUCCAUAUGUUGUAUUAUUAUUUUAUGCUAUAUUAUUUCAGGUACAAUUUUAAUGCAUAUUGAUGUUUACUGCACUGAUAGAGGUUUAUAUUUAUGUACAAUAAGUGGGAACUGUUUUACUUCUAAAGUACAAUUCCAAAUUCAGUAUAAUUUAUAUACUUCUAGCUGUUACUAAGCCUGUAGUUUAUUCAGUCAAAUAUUCUCAUGUUUUCAGGGAAGAGAUAGACAUCUCAAAAAUAAUUGCUGGCUCUUCGGAUGACUGGAAAUUUUUUUUUACUGACUUAAGAUUACAGCGUGAAAGAGACGUCUUAUAAUUAAUUUCACAUGCUAGGCCUUAAAAAUAUAUAAUUAUUUGCACAAAACUACCAUGCUAAAUAAAGUCAUAAGACCACUUCUGACUCACAAGCAGUAUCAUAGCUUUGGAUUUUAACCCAGCCACUGCAAGAGGAGAGUUCUAGCACAUUUCUCUCAAACUGAGAACUAGUUAACUCCUUGGUUACUGGAGAUGACUUUGUUGCAUUGCUAUGCAAUGUAUCACAACCCUUUUUGGAACAAAGAAGGGUUAACAAUCCAACCUAAACAAAGAGGUGCUUAUUUUUUUUUCUAUGAUAUCACAGUUUCCAGUUUCUUCUCCCCCAGUAACUAUGAAGUUUUGUGUCAAUACCCAUCACUGAAAGGGUUAACUUAUUAACAUGCACACAUACCCUUUUCAGCUGGGGUGGAGACACAUUUUUUAUUUUUCUGUACAUGCUGCAUUUAUGUAUAUUUAUAUAACUGAACCAUUUCUGGUAUGAGAGAUCCCUCACUGCAUUGAAGAGCAGUGAAUUGCAGGGAUUCUUUACAGACGGAAAAGCUUAAAUUAUGUGAACUCAUUGUCUAAGUAAUAGACUGUUGCGUGUCUUUCAGGAAGCCACGUAUAUCAGUUUUUUUAUUGUAAUUAUGUGAUCUUUUAUAAUAAAAUGUAUUAUUACUUUUGCUAAA